GCUGACAAUUAGAUGUAACUCCAUUUCCAGGGGAUCUGACACUGACCUCUGGGGGCACCUACACUCAUGUGCAUACCCCUUCCCCCAACACAUAUAAUUUUAACGACCGUCUUUUUAAACAGUAGGUAAUUUGGGGCCAGAAAGAUGGCUCAGUCAGCAGUUAAGAGCACACUGCUCUUGCAGAUCUGUCCUGUAGCUGGCUACUCCUAGGAUCCUGAAGUCAGUUUACCUUUCCUCAAAGUAGGUGCAGCCCAAGGGGUGCUGAUGCCACAGUGUCUUGCAGAGGAUCAGGGUCAAAGACUGGGUGGCGCUGUGGGCGCUGGGAUCAAGGAGAGACUUGCUUCUGGAAGCUCCUAUGGUCUUGUCUCUUCUGGAAGCCAAGGGUACUCUGGUCCCAUUUCCACAGCAGGAGGCGUUGGGGUCCCGCCCCCUGUGUUCUCCUCCACCCACAGGCUUUCCCAGGUGCCCCAUCCCCCACGUGCUCUCGCCCCCACGAUCCUCCUGCCUUCCAGGCUACCAGAACCCAGGGAGCCUGCACCCUGGAGAACUGGUAGUGUUCCUACCGCCUGCUGUGCGUGGUUCCCGCAGGAUCUCCUUUGAGUGUAGUGCUCAGCUGGGCAUCCUACCCCAGGACUGAGCUCGAAUGCCUCAUCCCUAUGGGGUUCCAGCUACUGCUGAACGGUGGAUCCGGAGCAAAAGCAUCCCCUAUGGCCCUGCCCACUUCGUUCUCCUCUGGUGGUCCUUGCCUUCCCUUCCAGGCUCCUGGAGCCCAGGACGUGAAGCCUGCUAGGGACACAGCUGGGAGCGCACCGCGGACGCCCCCAGGCGGGAGGGGCCGCCAACAGCCGAGAGCCCCCAGCUGGGAGCGCAGCUGCCAGAGCGAUGCCUGCCGCCCUGAAGAGCAGCUCUCCGCAGCGCCCGCCCAGAAGGGAGCUCAGCGCUGCCGCCCGGCUUGGAGUGGAGAGUGCGCGGCUGCCCAGCCGGUAGCCCAGCGCUGCCCACCCCCAGCCGGAAGCAUAGCAUCCCCCCCCCCAUCCCGACCCAGGCGGGAGCGCAGAGCGACUGCCUCCAUCCGGGACUUCGGUCCGGCCGUCCCCAUCCGGGACCUCGGCCGCGGCGCCCUCAGCUAG